GUUUUCAUGGGUCAAAUUUUCAGUGGUAGGAAUUGCCUAACUUCUGUAGAUCUCAGUAGUAAUUAGUUGCUCAACAGUUCUUAGAAGUUAAGUCGUUAGGCCUGAGGAAUUAAGUUUCAAAAAAAUGACAUUUACGUUGGCAUUUGUAGCAACUCUCAUACUUUUCUGUAUAUUUAUGCCACAAAUCAAGAAAUACAUUUACACUCAGGUUGUAAGCCACAAAGUAUAAUUGAAUUCAGUUAGUAAAAACAACCAGAGAUCAAACUUCAUAAAAAUUAAAUACAAACAUUAUCAUCCAUGAAGCCCACUUCUGGUUUGUCUGAACAAGGUCAAGUACUGGGUACCUUUACUUGCAAGAAACUCCAUCACAAAAGGUGGCUCGACUCCAAGUGGACAAAGGGCUUUUUGGUGUAUGUAGUAGACAGCCCAUUCAUUCAUCUCUGUAGUAAAUUGCAUUUCUUCAGGACACCAUUUAUUUUAUUUUUUUACUAGCAACCCCUGCUUCUCACAAAAAGCCCUACAAGAGCAAAACCACCUGUCUAGUAAAAAUAGGAAAAGAAGAAGUUGCUUUUGAACAGAUAUAACCAGAAAAUAUCCUCACACAUCCAUAAAGAGCAGUGUUAGGUUAAAAGUGAGAAGCAUGUUGCUCUUGAAAUAUCCUGGAAAGAGUGACGUGUGUGUGGCAAUCUGUGCUGCAAAGUCAUGUCAGGUAUGAGACCUACAAUCCUCAUAUCUAAAUGUAAUGACAAAGUCAUCAGUUCCAAUGUCCUGAAGCAAUUGCUUUCCUAUUUCCAAGAACAGAUGAGUCAGCCCUUUUUCAUUGCCCUGUUGGUGCAAGAAGCUUACAUUCAUAAUAAAAAAGAAAAGGAUUUAGGCCACUGUUAGAAACACGAGGAUUAAUAUUCUCAGAGGUUAAUUGAACUCGUUAACUGUAUUAGCUUCUUCAAAGGUUGCCCUAAUGGAGUUUGAGGGGUCUAAUAAACUAUAGAUGUUGUCCAUUGUACCAUUGAUUUGAAAUGAGUAAAUGAAGCAAGUAUCUGAGGAACAAAUACCAACCAAAAAAUCAUUGCUUUGGCAAACACUGUAGUACUAGGGCAGAAGGUCAGUGUGCAUGGCAUGAGCCAGAGUCCAGCUACUAGUGUCAUUAGGCAAAAAUAACACUGAUGCUGUCAUAUGAUAUAAGACUUCCUAAUCAAAGAAAAUCAAGGUGUUAGAGGGCUUUUCUUGCAACGUAUACAAUGAUGUCACCCUUUAAAGAACUGGGUAACAAAGAAGAGCAGCAUGUGUUUAAAGAAGAGCAGUUUGAUUUUUCUUUCACAGGUGACUGAAAUUUUGCCCUUAACCCACUGUGAGAAAAUAAAUGUGCAGAGAGUCAUAUAUUUCCUCUUAGACUAGUACAUCCUAACGCACAGAAUGGCACAGUUUCCACACUGGGCCCCUGUAUAUAAAGGUGCUUUUCGUGUGGGAAGUAGCUAUCACCAGGUGAAUCUUAAUCCUGGCAAGCUGCUCUCUUGCUGUAACUUGGAGGAGUUAAACCCCAACUGCCAUGUAUUGAACUGACCUCAGUAGCUUCAAAUAAAAUUAUCCAUACUUUUCACCACUAGGACUGUAUAAAAAGAUGAUAGCUUUUCAGUAACAAAUGGAAAAAAAACAAUUCAACAGUUCCUUAAGGAACGUCAGAACUAGUUUAUUGGCUAGCAGUACUAUGUAUGUUCCCACACCAGCAGGAGUUUAGCUCCCAAUUUCUGCUGCUCUCUCCAUUUGAGAGAAAGGCAAGCUGCUUGCAGCAGGAGUCAGCCUGCUCCCACAAAGCCCAAGAACAUGCCUGGCCUGGGCACAAGCUGCGCAGCAGACUUGCACCAUCUCACUAACCACUCCCUCUCCCAUUCGUUCUCUCUCUCUCUGCCUGUGGUUAUUUUUAGGCUUCCCGGGUUAAAACUUUUCUGGGUGCUUACACACACACGCACAGGGCAUGCAUAUGCAUAUGCACAUGCUGUAGAAACAACUCGGGCACAAGAGUUAACCAACAGGUUAUCUUGUUCCUCAGCAAGGAAUAAAAUCAAUUACUUACGAUAAAAUACUGCCGUUCAAGAGGAUGCACAAACUGCUCAAUCACAUGGAACUUUAUUGUUUGCAAAUUUGAUUAGGAGACUUUCAACAAAAAGGAAACGCUUUUUACACAGCAACUUCCUCUUUUUUUCAAAUUUCCUUCCAGUUUUCAAGAUCUUGCUUUCUUUUAACAUUUGCUUUAAAUUUGAUUCCCAUGCCAACCGCCAUAAAUGCAGUGGUGGCUCAGCAGACAGCUGCUGGGUCAGUUCCCAGUGCUACUAUUAGCACUACAGCUGAAGGUACAGGUGGGGGCACAGGGGGGAUUUAUUCUGCCAUAAUCAGUCGCAACCAGCCCAUUAUCAGAGUAAAGGAAAAGAGCUAUGAAGAGCUUCACAAGAAGUGCCUGGAGAAAAACAUCCUCUAUGAAGAUCCUGAUUUCCCACCUAAUGAGACCUCCCUCUUCUAUAGCCAGAAAAUCCCCAUCAAGUUUGAGUGGAAAAGACCACGUGAAAUCUGUGAGAAUCCACGAUUUAUUAUUGGUGGAGCCAACAGAACAGAUAUCUGCCAAGGAGAAUUAGGUGACUGCUGGUUCCUGGCGGCCAUUGCUUGCUUGACACUGAACAAAAAACUCCUCUGUAAAGUCAUACCUCAUGACCAGUCCUUUAUACAAAACUACGCUGGCAUCUUUCACUUCCAGUUCUGGCGCUACGGAGGCUGGGUGGACGUCGUCAUCGAUGACUGCCUGCCCACCUACAACAACCAGCUGGUCUUCACCAAGUCCUCCCAGCGCAACGAGUUCUGGAGCGCUCUUCUGGAAAAGGCCUAUGCAAAACUCCAUGGGUCCUAUGAAGCUUUGAAAGGAGGCAACACCACAGAGGCCAUGGAGGACUUCACAGGAGGAGUGACAGAGUUCUAUGAGAUAAGAGAUGCCCCGAAAGAUAUCUAUAAAAUUAUGAAACAUGCGAUUGCCAGAGGAUCCCUCAUGGCCAGCUCCAUUGAUGAUAACUUAGGCUUUUCCUAUGGAUCAGCUCCUCGAAGUGACAUUGGGGAAUUGAUUGCUCGAAUGGUGAAGAAUCUAGAAAACGCGCAGAUGACUCAAUCCACUAUAGACUACCAGGGGACGGACGAAAGGCCAGCCUGGACCAUAAUGCCAAUGCAGUAUGAAACCCGGAUGGCUUGCGGGCUCGUCAAAGGCCAUGCCUAUUCCGUCACAGCAGUGGAAGAGACAACAUUUAAAGGAGAGAAAAUAAGGUUGGUAAGGCUAAGGAACCCCUGGGGACAGGUGGAAUGGAAUGGACCUUGGAGUGACAAAUCAGAGGAGUGGAACUUCAUUGAUGAAGCAGAGAAAAUCCGCUUGCAGCACAAGAUUGCGGAGGAUGGGGAAUUCUGGAUAUCGUUUGAAGAUUUCAUGAGACACUUCACAAAACUUGAGAUCUGUAACCUCACUCCUGAUACUCUGGAAGCUGAUAAACUCCACACCUGGACUGUGUCAGUCAACGAAGGGCGCUGGGUGAGAGGCUGCUCGGCUGGAGGUUGCCGCAAUUACCCAGAUACAUUUUGGACCAAUCCCCAGUAUCGCUUGAGGCUCCUGGAGGAAGAUGAUGAUCCUGAGGAUGAGGAGGUCGUCUGCAGCUUCCUUGUUGCACUGAUGCAGAAAAACAGGAGGAAAGAACGCAAGCUGGGAGCCAACCUGUACACUAUUGGCUUUGCCAUCUAUGAGGUGCCCAAAGAGAUGCAUGGUAAUAAGCACCACUUGCAAAAGGAUUUUUUUCUCUACAAUGCCUCCAAAGCUAGAAGUAAGACCUACAUAAACAUGCGAGAAAUAUCUGAGCGCUUCCGGCUACCACCCAGUGAGUAUGUUGUCAUCCCAUCAACAUAUGAACCUCACCAGGAAGGAGAGUUCAUCCUGAGGGUCUUCUCGGAGAAAAGAAGUUUUUCUGAGGAAGUUGAAAACAUGAUUGAAGCACAGCGUCCAUCGAAGAAGAAAAAAGGCAAGCCUAUCAUCUUUGUUUCUGACAGAGCGAACAGCAAUAAGGAGUUGACAGCAGAUGAAGACUCAGGCAAAGAUGGUGAAAAAAACAGCAUAGAUGAGAAAAAGCGUGCUUCAGGAAAAGCUCGAGAGGCGAGUGAAGAGGAAAAACAGUUCAGGAAUAUUUUCCGACAGAUUGCAGGGGACGACAUGGAGAUCAAUGCUGAAGAACUCAGGAAUGUUCUCAAUAAUGUUGUAAAAAAACAUAAGGACCUAAAGACAGAAGGAUUUGAACUGGAAUCCUGUCGCAGCAUGAUUGCUCUGAUGGAUACAGACGGCUCAGGGAAGAUAAACUUUGAUGAGUUUCGACAUCUCUGGGACAAGAUUAAAAGCUGGCAGAAAAUUUUCAAGCGUUAUGACACGGAUCAUUCUGGAACGAUUAACAGCUAUGAGAUGCGUAACGCAGUCAAUGAUGCAGGCUUUCGCCUGAACAACCAGCUCUACGACAUCAUUACAAUGCGCUACGCCGACAAGAACAUGAACAUUGACUUCAACAGCUUCAUCUGCUGCUUUGUGCGACUGGAUGCUAUGUUCAGAGCGUUCCAGGCCUUUGAUAAAGAUGGAGAUGGAAUCAUUAAACUCAAUGUCUUGGAGUGGCUGCAGCUCACGAUGUAUGCGUAACACCAGAGCCAUCUGCCAGCAGCAUUAAGAACACACUCAAGAUACCUGCUGAAUGCAACUAGCUCCGUUCAUCCCCAAGUGGCAACAAGAACACUUCCUCGCGUACAGGCUUCGCUUGCCGAGAUGAAUAGCACAGAGCGCCAGACGACCACACUCCCGCAGGGAGACGAGUGCUUGUAUUCUGUAACUACUUUUGUAUCAUCUCCCUGGCAUUUUACUUGGAGCAACAACAACUUAUUUAUGACUAAGUUAAACUUUUUCUGCAUGGUAGUCAUGGAGCAUGCACCAUUAUUCUGCUUAGGCUGGCAACUAGAAAUCUUCCCCAAAGUCAGUACAAAGGCAAAGCUGGAACUGUAUCUGAACUGUGAAAGUGUUUAGUACCACCCUGUAAUCAGUCAUCUACUCUUUGCCUUGAUAUUGGUUCAAUCACUGUAGCCUCUUCAUAAUUUCGACUGAGCAUUUCACAUGAAGUUGUGGUAGAUCUACAUUAAUAUUAUGCAUCCCAAUCAUUUAUGUUGUUAUAGAUGUGGCUAUGAGGGUUCAUUUUCUGCUACGCUAGAAACUUGGAAGUCAGGCAAAAGAAACUGGUAUCCAGAUGCAUUUUUAAAUCUUGGUCUAGUGCCCCAGCAAGUGUCAGAACUGAGCAACCAGACACUUCUAAUAUCUCAAUACUAUCUCAAUUACAUAUUGGAUUUUUUUCUUUUUUAACUGUAACUGCUUUCUCUGUAGAAUAGAGAAACUGAUUUGCAAUUCCAGAAAUAAAAUACCUCUUACGCAUAUAAAUAUACAUA